UUCUCGUUUCAUAAAAGUUGAACUUUUGUGAAUGAAUUUAAUAAUCUUUCUCUUUUAUAUCCGAUAUAAGCAGAUGGCAUUUAUCGAAUUUUUUUUUCAUAAUUAGCCGUCUCUAAAAAUUUAGUUUGUACAAAUAUGUGUAUUCAGUUAUUUACAUUAUAUAUAAGUUUCACUAAGGAGAAUCUCAUUUAAAUUUUUUCUUAUUUAUCCAUCCAUUCGUUCAUUCAUUCAUUUCUAAUCUAUACAUUUUUAACGCGCUCCGCCGCUGAGUAGGCUCAAUACCUGUAAUAGCUAGCAAACACUUUUCUCUCAUUAACAUAUUCUCUCAAUUUUUAUCCUUCCAGUCCUCUCCUUCUCCUCCUCCUCUCUCAUUCUCUCUCUAAGCCUUCCCCAAUCCUCUUCCUACUUCUUUCCUCUCUUAAUUUUUUGGGCAAUAUUUUUAUACUAAUGACUACCAACUUUCUACUCAUUGUCCUCAUCUCAUCAACCGAUAUUUACGAAACAAAAUUACUGGCAAGAGGUUUGACUUUUCCCUUUUUAAGAAAUUUUUAAUGGUUUUUCUUUCUUCAAAGAUAAAAUUUAACGAGAAUUUCGUCUUUUCCUUUCAUUUAGCUGAUCGUCAAAGUUGCGCUGUGAAUCUCUUUCCCUAUUCUUUUUGGUUUAUGACUGCUUCAUUAUUAACAUUGCCAUCCUACUCCUUCUCGUUGCCUCCCUCGUCUAAUCAACCCUCUAUACCAUUCGUAAAAUACUAUGAACAGUUCAAUUAUCGAAUAAACAUCAAAGACCGAUUGAAAAGAUCUACUAAAGAGGAUGACGUAAUUGAAUGGAAUUUCAAAGCCCAUCAAAGGUUUUGUAAAUAUUUUUUAUUAGUAAACAAAAACGGAAGAAACUCUUUUAACUAAACGUUGAGGAUGAUAAAGGAAAAUGUUUUAGACGCUUCAACCUUGUACUGAAAAGGGACGCCAACUUGUUUACUCCCGACGCCUCGUUCGAAACGUCUAAAGGAAAAUUUACGUUCAACAAGCCGAGAUUCUAUCGGGGUCACGUCUUGGGAGAUAAUGAUUCAGUCGCCUAUGGAAUUGUUUCGGACGACGGAAUUUUCCAAGGUAAAAUCCAAAGGGGUAAAGACAUCUUUUCAAUAGAGAAGCAGGAUUCUCCGUCCACACCCAUGAUCAUCUAUAAGGAAGCCGAUAUAGAAGCAAGCCUCUUUGAUAGGACUAGUCUCUCUCGACUAAAACUAGUUGGCCACUCUAAAGCAAAGAGAGAAAAUAGAGGAAACGCAAGGAGAAAGAGGGCAGUGAACCCUCGUAAAACAACUUGUACUCUAUUCCUGCAGGCCGAUCAUCUAUUCUACGAAAGAUAUAACGAUAUCGGAAGUGUUUUACAACAGCUAACACAUCAUGUUCAAACUCUGAAUGAAAUCUUUAAUCCUAUCGAUUUCGAUGGUAACGGCUUACCAGAUAACAUUGGUUUCGUCAUAAAAAAGAUUAAAAUUAAUACGGAUAAGAAUGAUAAAAAAUAUAAAUUCCCCGAUAAUUACGGUGUAGAACGCUUUCUGGAAAUGUUCUCUGAGGAGAAUUUCGACGACUACUGCCUAGCUUAUAUGUUUACAAGAAGGGAUUUUGAAAAGGGAACCCUUGGACUAGCCUGGACGGGCGACUGGGAAAAUGCUGGAGGGAUAUGCGAAAAGUACGACGUCUUUCACGGAAGCCGAAAGAGUUUAAACACCGGCGUUAUUACUACUUUCAACUAUGGUAAGGACGUUCCCAGUAUAGUUAGUCAUAUGACAUUUGCACACGAAAUUGGGCACAGUAUGGGUUCAAAUCACGAUCCAGAAACGUCAGUUUGUAGUCCAGGAGGAGUAGAAGGAACCUACCUUAUGUAUUCAAUAGCAGUUUGGGCAAAUAAACCUAAUAAUAAAAAAUUCAGCAAGUGCAGUACGGAAAGUAUGUCAAAAAUUAUAAACAUAAAAGCGAAACACGAUAUUUAUGGAUGUUUUAUAGAAAAUAAAAUAGCCAUCUGCGGUAAUUCUCUUGUCGAAGAAGAUGAAGAAUGCGACUGCGGAUGGAAAGAUAAUUGUCGCGAACAGUGUUGCUAUCCCCAAAUUUCUCAUCCGCCUCCAUCUUAUAAGGCAUGCCGAUUGAAAAACGGUGCGACAUGUAGUCCUAGCGCGGGUAGUUGCUGUUCAAACAGUUGUCGACCGUAUGAAAAGACGGAAGAGAUAAUCUGCAGUCCUGCAAGCCGUUGUCAAGAAAAGAGGCUUUGCGACGGAAAUUCAAUCAGCUGUCCAUCUCCCCUCUAUAAACCGAAUAACACUCUUUGCGAUACCGAUUUGGUAUGUCAACAAGGCAAAUGUUCAGCCUCAAUAUGUCUAGCGUAUAAUUUGGAGCCGUGUCUUUGCGAACAACCUCUUCACCAUUGCCACGUUUGUUGCCAGAAACUGGGUCAAUCUUCAACGUGUAAAUCAUCUUUUAGCUGGAACGAAUCACCUACAAAUCUACCUAAUCUACUCGCCCGACCAGGUUCACCUUGCGCCAAUUACAAAGGCUAUUGCGACGUUUUUCAUAAAUGUCGUUCAGUCGACGAGGAGAGUUCUUUAAACGUUUUAAGAAAUUUUUUGUCUCCCAGUCCAAUAAGUUUGACUAUGAAGGAAUGGAUUGUUGAAAAGUGGUAUUUAGUGUUGAUAAUGGCUAUUUCGUUGAUAAUCAUUUUGGUAAGUUUCUGCAUAAGAGAGGGAGAACGAGGGGGAAACUUGUGGGAGGGAGAUAGAGAGAGAGAGAGAGAGAAAGACAAGAUAAAAAGAAUAUAUUAAAUCUCGAAUCUCUUAAAAUUAAAAAAAAAAUAUGUUUAAGGAAAAUUAAACAUAUUUUUUUAUUCUUCACGAAUCUUAACAAUAAAACUCUUGUAUUGAAUUUUCUUCUUUAUAUUUCUCUUCUUCUUCUUCUUCUUCUUCCUCUUUUUCUCUUUCUUUUUCUAGAAAAAACUUAAUUUUAAUUUAAUUAACUAAACAAUAUCCUAUUUAUCUACAACAAAAGCAGGCUAUCUUUAUGAGAAUUUGUAAAGCGAGAAAGACAGCACUGAAAUUGAAAAAUAAACCACCAACUACUUGGGCCAAGAGAAGAGCCAAUAGAGUCGGACCAAAGACCCUGAAUAGAGACCUUGCUUAAUGGUUCUUAAAGAUUUUCAUUAAAAUAUUUCAGUGAUUUAUUAAAAGAAAGAAAGAUAAAUUGAUAGAAAGGUAAGUAGACGGGUGAAUAGAGAGAAAAGGAAUAGCAAUACAUCAAUAUACUGUAUACUGCUCAUCUCAAUUUAUGCAUGUGCUUCGUCUAUAAAUGUUUUUUUAAUCGCUCGACUAAAGUAUUUAUUGGAAAUACACUUGAUAUUAAUUCUAAGCAAUGCACCAAGCUUUGCCUUCCCGUCGCGACAUCUAUCGUAAAAAAGUCGCUCUACAAUCAUUUCUAUUUUGUCCAAAAGAUGGAGCUACUUCUUCGUUGAGACGUGUAUGUGUGAUAAGAUGGCGCCAGCGGUAAAGGUUUCGGUCAGUGUGGUAUAGAGUUUACUUUGUUGGGGUAAACUCUAACCCUUUAUAACCUUAAGCGGCGUUAGAGAUUAGAUUCGGGUAAAUAGACUGACUAAAAGUGAGACUUUGUAACUUAGUCACAAAGCAAAGUUGACUUUUUCUAUGCCGCCUUAACAAGCUAUUUUACCUAUAUUGCCUUUGAUUCAAGUCUGAAAGAGUAGAGCUAAAUGGAUUAAGC